AUGGCCAAGUCAGAUUCCGAAUUCGAUCCGCUAUGGCAGGACCUGGAUCGGUACGCACACCCGCUCUGGUGUCCCACCGGUGUUGGCGAGAAGAAGCUCCAGGCCGAGGCCAUUGGUCAGAUGUUGAUUAUGGGAUGGGAUGGCACUGAGAUCACGCCUCAGAUCAGGAACCUCAUUGAGAAUCACCACUUGGGAUCCAUCAUCUUGACCGCCAAGAACCUCAAAUCUGCCGAGCAGACGGCAUCUCUAGUACAAGAACUGCAAACAAUAGCCCAUCAAGCUGGACACCCAGUGCCCCUGUUGAUAGCCCUCGACCAGGAAAAUGGAGGCGUCAACAGUCUGUUCGACGAAGACUACAUCUGCCAGUUCCCCAGUGCCAUGGGAAUCGCUGCCACGGGGAGCCCGGAACUGGCAUAUAGCAUAGCAAAAGCUACCGCGACUGAAGUAUCCGCAGUAGGGGUCAACGUCAUCCUGGGCCCCGUCCUAGAUGUCUUGACAAAUGCUCGACAUCAACCCCUUGGGGUUCGGGCUACAGGCGACGACCCCCAGGAAGCUUCGCUGUAUUGUAUCGCUGCGAUCAACGGCUUCAAAGACGCAGGUGUGGCAACUUGCGGGAAGCAUUUCCCAUCCUACGGGAACCUCGAUUUCCAGGGCUCCAGCUUAGACAUGCCAAUUAUCACCCAGACCCUCGAGGAACUCAGUAUCAGUGCUCUCGUACCCUUUCGAAAUGCUAUCGGGGCUGGCCGGUUGGAUGCCAUGUUCGUUGGUGGCUGCGGUAUCCAGAAUGCCGGAAUGAACGUCAUGCACGCUUGUCUAUCCGACCAAGUUGUCGACGAUCUCCUUCGAAAUGAACUCGGAUUUAACGGCGUUGCCAUCUCGGAAUGCCUUGAGAUGCAGUCAUUGAUUCAGGAGUACGGCGUCAAGGGCGGGACUGUCAUGGCGGUCGAGGCAGGCAACGACCUUGUUCUUCUCUGCCGCGCGCACGAUGUGCAGUUGGAAGCCAUAUCAGGCUUGAAGCUGGGAAUCGAGAAUGGAAUCAUUUCAAAGGAACGGAUCUUCACUUCUCUGAGGCGAGUGCUGAAAAUGAAGAGCGUAUGUACAUCUUGGCAGAAGGCCUUGAAUCCACCGGGGCUGUCUCUACUGUCCAAGAUACAUCCCACUCAUCUCGCACUAUCUCGGAAAGCAUACGACCAGUCCAUCACCGUCGUACGGAACAAGGACAACCUGCUACCUCUCUCGCAGAGUCUAUUACAAGAGGAAGAAUUGUUAUUACUGACCCCGCUGGUCAAGCCAUUACCUGCCUCUGCAGCCACGAAGAGCAUGAUGGAGAAGUCAAAUGCGAAAGCUUCCUCUCUGCACGACAAGUGGGCACAUCAGGAGAAGGGAGCAAUCAUGAGUGGAGAAGGCGUCUUUCGAGAGCUUGGGAAGUCAAUAGCACGCAUUCGCCAUGGGAAGCUCCUUCAUACUUCCUACACAGCGAAUGGGCUCAGACCAGUUCACGAGAACCUAAUCAACAGAGCGUCUGCGAUUAUUAUAGUUACUGCUGAUGCCAAUCGAAACUUGUAUCAGUCCGGCUUCACGAAACAUGUGGCAAUGAUGUGUCAUAUGCUUCGGGGCACUGGACAGAAAAAGUCUCUCAUUGUUGUUGCCGUGAGCUCUCCGUACGAUUUCGCCAUGGACAAGUCAAUCGGAACCUACGUCUGCACAUUCGACUUCACCGAAACCGCAAUGGCUUCUCUUGUCCGCGCACUGCAUGGAGACUUUGUUCCGCAGGGCUCCAUGCCUGGGACCAUGAGGAAAAGCAAGAGAAUAUCCAAGAACAGACAACAGUGGCUUGUUGAGAACUACGAACGAGACCGAGACGGCCAUGGUCUUAGCGAGUUGCUGAAGACCCUCACGCGAUCAAGUACACCAAACCUGCCGUACCUCACCACCAGCCCGUCUUCGUUUGAGUUGUUCAACACAGAUAUGGAAGAAGCCCACUUCGUAGUUCGGAACAGCAGUACCAACAUGUUGUAUGGCUUUGCCGCUACGUACUUCACGAAAGGCAUUGGCAUAAUUGGGGCGAUCUUUGUUGAUCCUUCCAAGAGAAACGUAUCAAUAGGCCGCUCAUUACAUCGCCGUGCCAUGCGAGCAUUACUCCAGAGGCAAGGAAUCAAGAAACUGCAGGUCGGGCUCGCAUUUCCGGGAGUGUUCCCAGGCAUCCCAGCCGAUGAGAAUGGAAGCAUGAAGAGCUGGUUUGACAAUGUUGGCUGGGACACGCAGUUCCCGAAAAGAAUUGCAAACAUGGUGAUCGAGGACCUCGGAGCCUGGACAGCCCCUGAGGGGCUUUCUCAAAGCAUUCAACGAGCGAACAUCAGCUUCGACCUCAUCCACGGACUGGACAAUGCCGAGUCCGUUUUGAGCCUCGUGGCAGCCCAUGCAGGACCCGAAGUCGUGGAGCUCUACCGUUUCGCCCUGCAGGAGAAGAGUUGUGGAGUUGUGCGAGCCAAGAAUGCAGCGGACACUCUACUGGGAACUGUCAUCAUCUGCAGAGGCGCCGGUCAACUAUCAUCCUACAUCCCUUGUCUCCACCCUGUAAGUGGUGAGGACGUUGGCGGUAUCGUCGCCCCGAUUGUUCCUGCGUCAGCUCAGUCGACUUUGUUGCUGCAGGGGCUAGCGUUCAUGGGCGUCAGACAAAACAAGGCACAGAAGUCGACGAAGAGUGUACUAAGCUGGGUCCUCGACGAAACGCAUGACCUCUUCUCUGCCAUGGGCUUCGAGGUUCAACAGUCCUUUGAUGAAGUUACGAAUCUGCCCGAGAAUGACCAGUAG